GCUUUCAACGUCUGGGCGAGUUCCGCCAAUUUUUAGGUCAUUUUCUUUUACAAAUGAAGCACGAACCAGCGAUAACAUAAAAAUAAAUAUUAAAAGGUAAAAACCAUAAAGGAAAAUGACAGAGAACCACGUGUCCGGGAUGGAGGCUUCGGCCGUGUCAGUUCUGAAACGAGCCGUGGAGCUGGACCACAGCGGCCGCUUCCAGGAGUCUCUGGUCUGCUACCAGGAGGGGAUCCAGCUGCUCUUAGACGUGUUGAAAGCUUUGAAAGAUGACUCAAAGAGAGGACACUACAGGGAGAAGAUCAAGGGCUACAUGGACAGAGCAGAGCAAAUCAAAUCUCAUGUUAACCAGAUGAAAGAAGAUGGGAAAUAUCACGAGCAGAUAAAGAUCUCGGAGGAUGCCACAGGCUACUGCUAUGAGGCUCUGUUUAAACCUUACAUCAGCAGCGCUCUCUCUGAGAUUUGGGUGGAGGACCCAUACAUACGUCAUACCCACCAGUUGUACAACUUCCUACGGUUCUGUGAGAUGUUGCUAAAAUCGUGCGGCAAGGUGAAUAAGAUCCACCUCCUCACAUCCCAGGAUGAAGGUGAUAACACCCAGCAGAACAGCGCUCUGUCCGAGCUGAGGGGCAGUCUGGGGGGUCAUGGGGUGACUCUGGAUGUUCAGUACUCCUCCACCAUUCAUGACAGGGAGAUCAGGUUUGACAAUGGUUGGAUUAUAAAAAUCGGAAGAGGGUUGGAUUACUUUAAGAAGCCUAAGGGCCGGUUCUCUAUCGGAUAUUGUGACUACGACCUCAGACACUGCCAUGAGACUUCUGUUGACAUUUUCCACACCAAACACACAAAAACUCUAUGAUAUUCAUCCUGCUCAAAAUAAUAUUUUCCUCUAACUUCAGAGACUGACCUCAAAAACUAAACCGAAACACAUCUGCAGUGAUUUUAAUUUUGCCUUAACAUACAGCUUCUCCCGCUGGAUUUUUCUUGCACUGGUGUGUCAUAGCCAAAGUUGACAGGACUAUUAAAACUUUCUUUACUUUAAGACGUUCUUUUGAA